AUGUUAUCCCAACCUCAGCCUAGGAAAAAAACAGUUAGGCAAUGUGGAAGAUUCUCCAUAGAAGUUAAUCCUCACGAGUCAGAUUGGAUAAAACUCACUUCCGAAGACCAUAACAACGAAAGAGCAAGUAACAUUGCAGAUCCAUUUCCAGACUACUCAAUCAACACAAAUCCCAUACAUUCAGCUCAGAUAAUCAUGCCACAGAUUGAUCUUUUGAAUUUCGAACCCCCUAAAAAUAACUAUCACCCACCUGAAUUUGAACCUCAGAACAAUCAGACUGGAAGGUCUUUAAUUGAUUUUCGUGAUUCAAUACAGAAUGUGAAGACCAAAUCACCAACCAAAUCUCCUAAAUUUACUAUUACAAUAGAACCUCGUCAAUCGCCUGAGAAAAAUACAUUUGAAAAGAUUCAGAUGCCUCAGGUCACCCAGACUUCUUAUUCGUAUAGCGGCUUUGUUCCUGCAAACGCUUUUGAUUUCAAUUCUUUAUUGGAUUUUGCUUCGAAUGUAUUCCCCCCAUUCCAGCAGCAAGGUCCUAUUGAGGUCAACGACUUGAUUGUCAUAUAA